AUGAGCAAAAUUAGCGACGCACUGAAGCGAGCCAGAGCCGUCGUCUGCUUCUGCUCGGGCAGGACGCGCCCGCUGCAGUUCCGGGUUCAGCGGCUGGAGGCGCUGCGGCGCAUGAUCCAGAACCUCGAGAGGGACGUCCCUGAGGCGCUAGGCGCCUAUCUCAGCAAAAACAAAUGGAAUGCCUACUAUGAGGAGGUGGUGUAUAUUCCGGAAGACAUUGACUACAUGAUCAAGAAGCUCCCUGAGUGGGCAGCAGAUGAGCCCGUGGAGAAGACUCCCCAGACCCAGCAGGACGAGCCCUACAUCCACUCAUAACCCCUGGGUGUGGUCUUCAUCAUUGGCACCCGAAACUACCCCUUCAACCUCACCAUCCAGCCGAUGGUGGCCGCCAUUGCUUCAGGGAAUGCAGCGGUCCUCAAGCCCUCGGAGCUGAGUGAGAACAUGGCGAGCCUGCUGGCCACCAUCAUCCCUCAGUACCUGGACAAGAAUCUGUACCCAGUGAUCAACAGGGGUGUCCCUGAAACCACGGAGGUGCUCAAGGAGAGAUUUGACCACAUCUUGUACAGGGGGAGCACCAGUGUGGGGAAGAUUGUUAUGAUGGCCGCUGCCAAGAACCUGACCCCUGUGACACUGGAACUGGGAUAGAAGAGCCCCUGCUACGUGGACAAGGACUGCCAUCUGGACGUUGCCUGCAGGCGCAACACCUGGGGAAAAUUCAUGAACAGUGGCCAGACCUGCGUAGCCCCUGACUAUAUCGUCUGUGACUCCUCUAUCUAGGGCCAAAUAGUGGAGAAGCUCAAAAAGUGCCUGAAAACGAGUGAGUUCUACAGGGACGAUGCCCAGAAGUCCCAAGACUAUGGAAGAAUCAUGAACUCCCAUCACUUCCAGAGGGUGAUGGGCCAGAGAGUCGCCCAUGGGGACACCAGGGAUGCAGCUUCCUGCUACAUAGCCCUGACCAUCCUCACGGACGUGGACCCCUGGUCCCCGGUGAUGCAGGAGGAGACUUUCGGGCCAGUGUUACCCAUCUUGUGCGUGAGAAGCCUGGACGAAGCCAUCCAGUUCAUCAAUUGGCAUGAGAAGCCUCUGACUCUCUAUGUAUUCUCCUGUAACAACCAGGUGAUUAAGAACAUGAUUGCAGAGACGUCCAGUGGUGGGGUGAUGGCCAACAAUGUCAUCGUCCACAUCACCAUACACUCGUUGCCCUUUGAGGGGGUGGGGCACAGAGGCAUGGGCUCCUACCAUGGCAAAAAGAGCUUUGAGACCUUCUCCCAUAGCUGCUCUUGCCUGGUGAGACCUCUGCUGAAUGAUGAGGCCCAGAAAGCCAGAUACCCGCCGAGCCCAUCGAAGACUCUGGAGGUCACCCAGCUGGUGAAGGUUCCCAGAAGGUUUAGAAAGAACGGCCCUUAG